AUGCACGCACACGUCUGUCUAGAAUUCCUCAGGGAAUCCUGAAGUCAACAGUAGUAAGAAACUUGCAUUUAGUAGUAUGCACCGUGACAGAAAUACCCAACAAGGUAUCACUUACCAUAAUUCCUAAACUAGUGGAGCUGCUGUCUAGUGAGAAACUAAAUGCUGAUGUACGAAAGUUGCUGUUAAUUGUUACAAUACUGUAUGUAAUCAUACGAAAGACAAAGAUGGCUGGAGCAAGUCCUCCUUUACAACAUUAUGCACAGUUUGACUAAACUUCUGUCAGUGGAGAUCUAAGGUGAACCAGAUGUCAUUUUAUUUAAUAUACAUACCUGUACAUGUAUAUUAAAACAUGUAUACACUAACGCAAUAGAGUACCCUAUCCCCUGGCUGAGCUUGUAGAAGGCUCACAUACAGAGAGACUACACCAUUUACAGAUAUUGUUUUAUGUUGACAGCUGCUGUCUGAUUUGAUGAAUAAGAUGGAUGGCAAAAAGCCCUAUCCUGAGAACAUGUUGGGGUUACUACGCUUCAUACGCAACCUACAUGAGCACUAGUAAGUAAGACUAAUGUUUUUCCCAGUACUCAAUGUUUUCAGUCUCUUACCAUUGAAGGUGGCUGAGUGUUUGUUUCUCCUUCUGCAGCGCUGAGGAUUUAGAAUCUGUUGACCUGAUGAAGAUGUUCCCUGAUCUCUUUGGAUGCGUCUACAUGUUAGCCAAGAAACAGGGCUGGAAUUCAAGGCCUGGUCUGAAAAACAUGUUUCAGAGAGAUCUAACCUCAUGA